UAAGUUAAAGGGAAAAAAAGGACAUUAAUUGUUACAAUAAUGGUGAAUGAUAUAUUUUAUCAUCUUCUAAAAUCGUCACUGGGUGGGGCCACUGUGUAAAAAUCAAUGUUGCAAUCUGUAUAUCUCUUAUAAAACCACUUAAAUACACCAUAACAGUUGAAGUUUAUGAAUAUAUCAAAUUGGCUCCUCCAGUCUAAAUGUUUUUUAUUAUUAUUAUUUCUUUGUGUUACACCUGUCCCUGGUCUCCCCUACUUGUUUCUUGAAUGCACGUGACUCACUCAACCAUCGGAGAUGUUUUGAAUGUUUUGAGGAUGAAGAACAUCUCGGUCACCGCUGGACUGACAGCCAUCGGGGGAAACUCCUACCACUUACGCAGACGUGCAGCCCGGGCCCAUGUGUGCGCCUCUGAUAACACAAUCUGCACGCUCAGGGCCGAAUGUCUCGCAGGACGACGCAGACACACGCGAAGGAGGAGCGUGUGUCCCGGGGCCGUUUACCUCAUCAGCGGGCGCAAAUACGCAGGGAAAGAGCUCGACCGCGCACCACGCCUACAAAAUCCUGGUGAAUUGGGUGCCCUGAGGGAAUAUCAGAAACACAAAGUGGUGGGUGGCAGAGCGCAGUGUGACUUCAGCGGGCGCGAUGGACGCGAUGGACACAUCAGACCUCAGCGCCACCUCCACUGCUGAGCCCAAGGUGCGCAGGGGCUUUGACCAAAAAGUGUUCGUCAACAGGAGUCUGACGCUGGAGAACAUCAAGUGCUACGGCUUCGACAUGGACUACACGAUGGCGAUGUACAAGUCUCCUGACUACGAGAGCCUGGGCUUUGAGCUGAUAAGAGACAGGAUGGUGUCUGUUGGAUACCCUCACGAGCUGCUGCGCUACACUUACGACCCCAGCUUCCCCACACGCGGUUUAGUGAUCGACACCACAUAUGGAAACCUCCUGAAGGUGGAUUCAAAUGGGAAUAUUUUAAUAUGCAGUCACGGCUUCAGCUUCCUCAAAGGGGAAGACAUUCAAACAUACUACCCCAACAAGUUCAUCCAAAGAGGCGACACCGACCGUUUCUACAUUCUUAACACUCUCUUCAAUCUUUCAGAGACGUAUCUCUACACCUGCCUUGUGGACUUCUUCACCAGAUGCACCAGAUACACAAACCUCCCGACAGGUUACCAGCACGGCGACUUGUUCAUGUCCUACAGAAGCAUGUUCCAGGAUGUUCGAGACGCAAUGGACUUCAUCCACGAUACGGGAACCCUAAAAGAACGAACCAUCAAGAAUUUGGACAAAUAUGUUGUCAAAGAUCCAAAUCUCACUGUUCUCUUGACCCGGAUUAAAGAGGUGGCAAAGGUCUUCCUCGCCACCAACAGCGACUAUAGCUACACUGAGGCCAUUAUGAAAUACCUGCUUGAAAGUAAUAUUAAGUCUGGAAAGCCCAAAGAGUCCUGGCGCUCCUUCUUCGACCUGGUCGUCGUGGACACCAGAAAGCCGCUGUUCUUUGCAGAGGGGACUGUGCUCAGACAGGUGGACACGGACACGGGAAAGCUCCGGAUCGGGACGUACACAGGAGACCUCGCACAUGGAACCGUUUACUCUGGAGGAUCUUCAGACAUCGUCUGCGACCUGCUGAAAGUCAAAGGUAUGGACAUCCUCUACGUCGGCGAUCACAUCUUUGGUGACAUCCUCAAAUCAAAGAAACGUCAGGGCUGGAAGACCUUUCUGGUUGUGCCGGAGCUCACCAAGGAGCUGCAGGUGUGGGAGGAUAAGAAAAGUUUAUUUGAGGAGCUUAAACAUCUCGACAUCUUCUUAGCUGAGCUGUACAAGCACAUGGACAGCGGCAGUAAAGAGUGUCCCGACAUCAGCAACAUUCAGAUGAGAAUGAAUGUACUGACCUACAGAAUGGACAAGUCCUACGGCCAGAUGGGAAGCCUCCUGCGCAGCGGCUCCAGACAGACGCUGUUCGCAAGCCAGCUGAUGCGUUAUGCAGAUCUCUACUCGUCCACCUGCCUCAACCUGCUGCACUACCCCUUUAAUUACCUCUUCAUGGCUCCCCCAGUCCUGAUGCCGCACGAGGCGAUGUCUCAAAACUCAGCCGAGUUUGCUACGUCAGAUCUCGCUGUCAAAAACAAUAUUGUCACGAUGAAUAGAAACUAAAGUGCUGAAGACAUCUGGCCGAGACGUUUCAGAGGAAGAGGGAGGUGUGAAGAUGUUUCCGAGGAAUCCUCUCAUGUGUCAUAUGGACAGUUCUCACCGACAGGUGACAGUUUACACCUGAGCUUUAUUAAAAACUUUGCCGCAAGCAUGAUGUGCCUCUUUUACAAGAUGGUGUUGCUCUAUCUACUGGAUUUGAAGUGCUACAAUAUGUACUAAACCAUUAACUGAUGCAUGAGGUUCAAAGCAAACACACUCAGGGUUACUGUAUAUAUGAGUGCAGGUCUUUCAUAAUUUCUUGUUACAUGUCAGGUUGGUAUUGUGUUUUUAUAAGAUGUAACUUUAUUUAUUUGUUUGUGCAACUUCUGUUUCAUUUCAAUAAAUAAUUAGAAUGA